AUGAAAAAUGUAGCUGGUAGAAUGCAUCUGUAUGGGAAUUUAAACUUGAACUUGGAGAGUAACUCUGAGGCCAAGAUGACCAAAAGAAAUGUCCUGAUUAGUUACUCAUUUUGGUUUCUUCUAGGUGUUCUGAUAACUUUCUGUAAAUUAAUCAAAACACACUUAGCCAGAGCAUUAUCAGCAAUGCUCCAACUUCAAAUGUCUGAGAGUGAGUCAUUCUUCACAGACUUACUUAUUUGUAUAGAAAUUUUCUACGUUCUAGGCCAUCUAAUAGCUUAUUUGUUCUUUCCAGUAAGCAUAUUUUGGCUCAAAUUGAUACUAUUAUUUUUGUUUGGAAAUAUCUUUCUGACUGUUUCGCCUCUAUUUGUCUUGGUUUCCGGAUUCACCUCCGUCCCAAACAAUUGUUUGAAAUACAUGUUUUUAAAUGGAAUAAGCGGUUGUUCCUUUUGCAUAGGAGCCUUAAAGAUCAUUGGAAUGUCUCUUGUUACUGAUAGAUUUAUAGCUGGAAAGCCGUUGACCAAGAUUGUGUUAAUGCUCUCAGGCCAUAGGGCUGGGUCUUUUUGGGGGUCUUUAAUUGGUCCGUUUGCAAAUUUUGCUCCUGAACCCUCUUAUAUGGACAAGUUCAAAUACAAUACCAAUAAAAUAGUUGGCUAUAAAUUGGGGUUAGGACUUCCAAUUUUAAUAACAACCGGUUGCUUGAUAUAUUUUUUUACUAACCCCAAGGACAAAGAACACAUUGCUUGGAUGAAGUCUAAAGUGGUCAAUCAGCUGAAAAAAUUCGUCAGAGUUUUAAAGUUAACAAUAACGCAAUAUCCAUAUGUUAUUCUAAUGAUUGUAAUUCAGUUUUUAUCGGGAUUUUCAGGGGCUUUCUUAGUUGCACACGCUUUGUCUAAUGAAGUUGAGAUUUCGGUUUUGGGGAAAUUCGUUAUGUUCUUGAUCUUACGGGAUGUUUCAGGCCUCAUUGGCACGUGGUUUCCAUACGUUUUCCCAGAAAAUAAAACAAUCAGCAACCACACAGCCAAUAACCUUUUGGUAACCAAUUAUAAUACGGAAGGUGGUAAAACUGUAAUUGACCUGAGUAUAAGUGACUCAACUGUUAAUGGAAGUGGUAAUUGUAAAACUAUAUCACGUAAAUUGAAAACGCGUCUUUUAAUUAUUUGGAUAUUAGCGGCGAUAUAUGCUCUGGUGAUUCUGGGUAUGAUUCUCGACGUUACUGUUCCUUCAAAGCCAUUCAAUUGUUUUUUCCUCACGAUUGCUUCUGGAAUCGUGAUCACUGUCUUGUUCUCCCUUUUUAGAUCCGCUUGCACAUCAAUUAUUUACACUCACCUGUGCGCCAUAGAAGUCAACGAUGGUCUGAUUGACGACGACGACGUUUUUCUCGAACUGGAUGACGUAAACCUUGUAAAAAGUUUCCUGGUUGGCUUCUUCUGUUUGAUUGAGCUCAUUCCCCAAUUGAUUUACAUCCCAAUAGACCGUAUUUUGAGACCAUUAAUUAUUCAGUAUACCAGAAACCUUGCCAGCCCAUCCACAUAAUAUAUUAU